AAAGAGAGUAUGCCGGAGCGCGUCGAGCGCGCCCUCGCACGAGCCCUCGCACGAGCCCUCAGCAGAGCCUAGCCCGCGAUGUCUCAGGCGGAUGUCGAACUGGGCGACCUGCUGGCCGAGUCGCUGCCGGCGGGCGUCCAGCUCACGAUUCGCCAUGUCUCGUCGACUCCCUCGCCGACAGCCGCCCUGUUCGCCGCGCCUCCCAACGAGACCCCCGAGCCCACCUUCUGCGAGACGCACUUCCUGAGCGCCUCCAUCACCCUCGACGAUCGCGAUGGCGCCGAGAUCAUCAUCUACGGCGUUGAAGUCCUGGUCUACAGCACCGCCCACCUGACCACCAUCUUCGUCUCCAAGGCCGACUCCACCGGCCACCUGCAUCGCCUCGCCCACGCCCCCAAAGUCUCCAUCCUGCGCCGCGUCUCCCACACCUUCCUCUCCUUUCUGGUCCAAACCCACCAGCGCCCGGGCGUCCGUCUCGUCGUCUCCCUCUUCGCCCGCGCCCAGAACCAGUACCUCUUCCCGGGUAGCAUCGAGAACCCCGAGAAACACGUCCUCGAUGACCGCGGCCUGAUCAAAUGGUGGUGUCGCGUCGCCGACCCCAUCCUGCGCGACUGCGAGCCCGAGUCCGGAUCGCACGAGAAGGGCCUGCGCGACCACCAGACCGAGUCCGCCAAAUGCUCCGCCACCGCGUUCCUUAUCGUCCCCGGCUGUGACCGCUUCGAGACCAGGGGUUUCUUCCCCCCCACUGCCCGAGCAGACGAUCCGGACCGCCCCCGCUGGGUGAACAGCUACCCCGUUCAGCAGCUGUGCGACAACCCUACGGCGCCACCGCGGUGUCUGGUGCCCCGGUUUCCGGACGAUCCGAAGACGCGCUUCCUGGUGGACCUGGAUGAUGAGCUGCCGGGGCGGAGAGACAAGGAUAAGGAGGGAGGGGAGGCAGAAGAGGGGAAUAGCAAGAGUGAGAGCACGGGCCAGUGGCGGAGCGUGCGGUCUUUGGAGCAGUUCUGGGAGAUGAUGUCUUUUCGACAGGAGUGUUCGGCGGGCCGGCUAGUGGGCUUCUUGUGGCUGGUUAUCAAUCCCCCGGGCCUGGUCAACUCGGUGCAGAUGACCAGCUCACGCUCGGUGCUGAGCGAUGGCAAGGGUCUGGCAGACAACGUGGCCCAGACGACGUCGGGGGAGUGUGUGAAGAUCCCGGAGCAGGCCGAUGAUACUACGUCUGCUGAAUCCGAGAAGCCUACGGAUCCUGCCCCUGCUGUGUCCCCGUCUCAUGAUCCGACGGAGGACUCUGCUCCUAAUGAGGGUAUCAAGUCACAACCCGCGGGUGCAAGUGCGUUCUUCUGGCCAGAGGCUGGUCGCGGACAUGCGGUUCUGAGCGACGCGGACUACAAGACUGCGAUCAAUUUUCUGAUUGACCAGGACUUCUACGAUGAAGACGUCUCGAUCGCCAGUACCAAAGCCUGGGGCGAGAAGGUGGCUUCCCUGGCGGACCAGCUCUGGGUUGGACAGCUUGUGGUAGGCAGAAAGACUUCGGACGAGUCGUCCCAGACGCCCGUGGAGGUCAACACCAUGAUCACCGGGCUUGUUCGGAAACGCAAGAAGGUCGACCCCGAUGUCGAGCCAACAGGCAGCGCGAUCAGCGACGAGGGCGACGGGAAUAUCAAUGCAUCGCCGGGGGAUGCGGCCGCCACCUCGGGGUCGGAACCGCCGUCGGGGGUCAAUGUUCUGCAAGCCAACUUGAUCCGGAAGAAGAAGAAGAAGAAGACAUAACCAUAACAGCUGUAUUCUCCUAGAGCCGACGGUGUUGCAUAUCGGAGUCGAACUUGGGCAUGGCGAUCAAUGGGUUUGGCACAUCGUGUACAAUAGGAUGGAUAAUUGGGGUUUGCUUUUUUUUUUUGGAAGGGGAUAUAAGGUCUCCUUACGUUAAUUGGAUGAAAUGAAUUCUGGGGGGAGGGUUCAUGGGCCUGUAAUCUCCUGGAAUGGU